UUUUUACUGCGCAUAAUUUUUUAAUAUAAAUACGUUCCUCCAUUUCCUUCCUUUUCGGAAUCAAAAAAAUUUUUUUAAACGUCCAAUUUUGCAUCACGUGCAUCAUACAAAAAUGAAUUUUAUAUUUAUAUGCAUCAGUAUCACUACGUCACGCCAAUUCAGUUACAUUUCGAUGAGAUAUUAUUGGAUGACAGGAAAAUCCACUAUUAUGGUCCUCAAGAUCUUAAGAUCCUUCCGGCGACUAUCGACUCUGGAAGAUCUGCUUCGGUUUAUGCUGCAAAAUGGAAGAAUACAUCAACGAUAUAUGCAAUUAAAAAAUCUGUUGAUAAUAAAGAAAUUUAUUUAAUGAAUAUGGCUAAUUCGCAUAAGAAUAUAAUUCAUUUUCACGGAAUUACGAAAUCAGACGAUGAAAAAAAAUAUUCGCUUGUUCUUGAAUACGCGGACGGCGGAACACUUAGAGAUUAUUUAAGAAAUAAUACUAUAACUUUUAAAUGGAAGGACCAAUUAAAGUUUGCUAAAGAGAUUGCAAGUGCGAUUUUAUGGUUACAUGAUGAUAGGGAAAUCGUACACGGGGAUCUUCAUCCCAAUAAUAUCCUAUUACAUCAGAAUACGAUAAAAGUAGCGGAUUUUGGCCAUUCGUGUCUAAAAGGAUCAGAUAAUAACGCUGGAACAUAUGGCGUAAUACCUUAUAUAGACCCUAAAUUUUUUGAGACUCAUUCAUACCGCAAAACCGAAAAAUGUGAUAUAUACAGCUUGGGAGUAUUGUUCUGGGAGUUAACAAGUCGAAAAUCACCUUUCGAUUUUGAAAAUAAAAAAGAUGAUGAACAUCCUUCUAUUAUCUUAACGAUUCUUAAUCGUUUAAGAGAAGAACCUGUUAAGAACACGAAUGCUAUAUUUGUUGAACUAUAUCAAAAAUGCUGGGAACACGAACCAGAUAAACGACCAGAUAUUCACCAAGUAAAUUCAGAACUUGAUAGCAUUGAUUCUGAAAACAUCGAUGUAUCUACUGUUUCUCCUAAAAAAAGCGAAGAAGAAAGUAAAGAAACGAAGUUUGUACACAUUCGUGUCAAAUAGAUAUAGAUAAGAUUUGCCAAAAGCAUUGAAUUAUUUAUAUACCCUUUUUUAGAUUUUCCGUUAUUUUGCUGUUUUACUAUUCUGAUUGGGUACCUUUUUUUAUCUUAAAAUUUACAAAGAACAUUUAUUUCUUUUUAAAGUAAAUAAAAUGUUAGAUUUUUAUUAUAUACUAUUUGUGCGACAUUCAAUAACUC